AUGCAGCGUACGGGUGCUAAUGAAAAGCGUAAACGCAAUGUUUUAACUAUUGAGCAAAAAAUGGAAAUUUUGAAACAGUCUGAAAAUAACAUAAGUGUUGCUAUUUUGGCUAAAACAUAUAAUAUUGGAAAACAAACGGUUCGUGACAUUGUGAAGAAAAAAUCCCAGUUACAGAGCUUUGUAGCAAAAGCGGAUAGUGCAAAAGCUAUUUCUGACAGGAAACCUCUAAAAGGGUCUACGUUUCGAGAACUUGAUGAUGCUAUGACCAAGUGGUUCUUGCAGAAAAGAUCAGUGGGGGUUCCGAUAUCAGGACCUAUGUGUACUAGGCAAGCUGAAAAGUUUCACAAAUUUAAAAAACGUCGUGGAAUACGAGAAUUAGCUGUUCAAGGGGAGAAAUUAAGUGCUAAUGAGGUAGCUAUGGUAGAAUUUUGCUAUGAUUUGGAAAAUCUCAUAAUAGAGCAUGACCUAAAACCUGAGCAGGUGUACAACGGAGAUGAAACUGGACUCUAUUGGAAAGCAAUGCCGAGAAGGACACUUGUUGUAGCCUCAGAAACUAGUGCACCAGGUUUCAAAGUAAGCAAAGACCGUUUAACAGUUUUAUGCUGUGCUAAUGCCUCAGGAACCCAUAAGCUUAGGUUAGCCGUCAUUGGAAAAUCCAAAAAUCCUAGAGCUUUUAAAAAUAUAAAAAGAUUGCCUGUGGAUUAUUAUAAUCAAAAGGCAGCUUGGAUGGAUCGAGCUGUACUGUUACUGGAUAAUGCGCCAUCGCAUCCUGAUGUAGAGCAACUAAAUUCAACAGAUGGGAACAUACUCGUAGCAUAUUUUCCUCCGAAUGUAACAUCUAUUGCCCAGCCAAUGGACCAAGGUGUUAUAGAGACCAUGAAGAGACUUUACAGAAAAGACCUCAUGCUGCAACUGUUGGGAGAAGAUGACAUUGUGGGGUUUUGGAAACGUCUAAAUUUGAAAGAAGCAAUUUAUGCUGUAGCUCGUGCUUGGAGUGAUGUGAAAGUGGAUCACAUUAAAAAAUCAUUUUAUAAAAUAAUGACUUUAGAACAUGAAGACGGUUCUGAAGAUGAAAAUCACUUAAAUGAAGGUGAGCUGUCCGUCGGAAAUAUAGCAACUAUUGCCUCACAAAUCAAAGGUUUAGAAGAAAUAGACAAUAAAGAAAUACAAGAAUGGAUAGAAUGUGAUCACCAAGAAACAGGGUAUCAGAUCAUAAAUGACGAUUAUCUACAUAACAAGAGCUCUGCAGAAAGUUCUGACAAAAGUAGUGAUGAGAAUGAGAGUUCUGAUAAAAAUGAUUGCGUCAUUAUGACGAGUCAUCGAGAAGCAAGGGAUGCAGUAAACAUACUUAUUCAAUAUUUUGAAGAACAGCCUGUAACUAAUGACAUUCAUGUGGCUAUAAUUGAAUUUAUUUUACUGAAAACUGUACAGGGUGUCCCAAUUUCGGUCCCAAAUCUCGAAAACCGUAAGAGUUACGUUGUUACGUGCGUUGAUCUGUGGCCUGCUGGUACUGUAAUAGAUGGCCAUAAAGCACAUCCCUCCCAGCAAAUAGCCUUACCGCCAACUCCAAUGUCCAUUGCUGCCCGAGCAGCCUCCGAUAACAUUUCAAAGCAAGAAAAGCUGAUUAAGAUCAACUCAGAUAGGGAAGCCAUAGCUGCUGGUAAGUCCUUAAACGGUGAAGCCGUCAACAUCAAGAUUGUGGAGAAAGCCAAUAACGAUAGUGGUGGGCUCCAUCUCGACCCAAUGAUCCCACCAAUAGUACGGCUCUCUCGUAAAUCUGGCAUGGAAAAUGAUCGUUACCUGUUGGCUAGACUGAGAGAUCCUUUACUCCUUAAAUCUCUCAGACUUUACCUGGCACAUCUACAUGAUACCGACGAGUACAUGUUUUGA